AUGUCGUACUCUUCUGAAGUGAACAAACUUCUUGCAGACGGCUCGCGGGCGUACUCGAGCAAGAACUACGAGCUUGCCUCCGAGAAAUACGGAGAAGCAUGUGAGAAGUACAGUGACGAAAAAGGAGACGAAGAUGCUGAUUUGCUUUUCUUAUACGGCAAGUCAUUGUUCCAGAAUGCUGUUCUGAAGUCAGAAGUUUUUGGAGGACAACCAGGCGACGAUGAACAGGAGGAAGACGAUAAAGAGGAAGAGAAUGAGGAGAACAAAGAAGAUGGCGAUAAGUUCCAGUUCUUUGAUGUGGCCCCAGUAGCUGAAGAAGAAGGAGAAGAUGGAGCACCACAAGAUGAAGAAGAGGAAGCAGAUGAAGAAAAUGCAGGGGAGGUGGAUCAAGAAGAACAGGAAGAAAGUAAUGGUAAGGAAAAGCACGAUAAAGAAAAUGAGGAAGAGCAGAGUGAUUUUGAACUUGCAUGGGAAAUGUUUGACAUCACCAGAAACCUCCUUGAGGCGAAAUUACAAGAUAUUGAAGAACAAGGCAAAGAUUUGACAGUUCCAUAUCUCAAGACAGAUGACGAAGAAACAGAUAAUCAGUAUAUUAUCUUGACGAAGAAAUUAUCUGAAACAUAUGACUUGCUAGGAGAAGUAUCUUUGGAGUCAGAGAACUUCCCUCAAUCUGCACAGGAUUUAAAGAGCAGUUUGCAACUUCGUCUUAAGCUCUACAACCCAGAGACAUCGGCUCUAAUUUCCGAGUCACACUACAAAUUAUCGCUUGCUCUUGAGUUUUGUGUCGAAGACCCAACUCUGCGUCAAAGUGCCGUUGAGCAUAUGAAGUUGGCUAUUGACUCUGUUAAGAAGAGAAACGAAUCCGAAACAGAUGCCCUGAAAAAGAAAGAAAACGAAGAGUUGAUCCAGGACUUGGAUGCAAGAUACCAGGAGUUGAAGAGAGACCCUACAGAAGAGCUCAAGAGCGAACAGUUGGAUAUCAUCAAGGGUAUCUUGGGUGAGCCUACUGCUGACGGCGCAGGCUCCAGUGGAUCUGCUGCUGCGUUAGUCAACGAUCUAAGUGGCAUCGUCAAGAAAAAGAAGGUAGCCCAGGUCAAUGACUUGAGUGCUGUGGUUAAGAAGCGAAAAGCUCCAGGAAAGAUCUCCGGGUCCGAAAAGAAG